UUACGGUUUACUGGUUGGCAUAGGGUAUUUAAAAAUUCAUAUUUUGAUUUUUUAUAAACUUAAAUUAUUUGGGACGUAAAAGAAAAACGAUGCUUUUGGGUAAGAGGGGGAAAAUUUGUAGGUGAUUAAAAAGAAAGUAACUUGAUUCUAAACCCUAAACCCUCGGCCGGGGUUAGAAGAAGCAGGAAGGAGUGCAACUUCACUGCCAAAAUUCUCAAAUUUCUCCUACAACGUUAAUCAUUCGAAUAGGGUUUCUGUUUCUUUUCUCAAAUUUUGCAACUUUGGUUCCGGCGAAACGGAUUUUCUAAUCGGCGAGGAAGAAUCAGGGAUUUUGGUUUCAAUGGCUGGCAAAAAGAGAAGCGGCGGCGAAUCGUCGGAUGAAGUAGAGAACAACAGCCUUGCAAAUGUGCCGGCGAAGAAGAAACCGAAGAAUGGUAGGCGAAAAACCGGUGAACGUUCUGAUUCCGGCGACGCAAAUUCUCAGGCGGCGGCUCCUCCCGGCGUUGCGAGUUACGCCAAAGACAUGGAGAAGAAGAAGAAGAGGAAAGCCUUAGACAAAGGGAGAAAACGCACCGCUCUGGAGAAAGAGGGCAUAGCUCCGCAGGCAGGAGCGGUGGUUCUCAAUUCGAAAUCCGAUGAAAACGGUAAAUCUGUUGCUUCGCCGUCUUCUUCUACUGGAGGGUUGCCGGAUUUGCCUCUUAACUAUUUCAGGGAACUGGCUUCUGCCGACAUAAGUGUGAGAAAAACAGCGGCGGAGUCUUUGGUGUUAAGGUUGCAAGACAUUCAGACACAGUACGAGACUCUGCCGGAUAAGGAUUCUGUAAGUGACGGGUUAAUGUUGGAAGCUGAAAGAAACGAUGGUUUGGAUGAUUGUGCUCCACACUUGAGAUACACUCUACGUAGGCUUAUUCGUGGCGUGUCCUCUUCGAGAGAGUGCGCCAGACAAGGGUUUGCCUUGGGUUUGACAUUGCUUGUUGGUGCAAUUUCUAGCAUCAAGGCUGAAUCACUGAUGAAACUCAUUGUUGAUGCAUUGGCAGUAUCUUCAUCCAUGAAGGGCCAAGAUGUAAAGGAAUGCCUACUUGGUCGGCUGUUUGCUUAUGGUGCACUUGCACGGUCUGGAAGACUGAACAAAGAUUGGCUACACGAUAAAUACACUCCGAUCAUCAAGGAGUUUACCAAUGCCGUUAUCUCCCUUGCUGGAAAAAAGCGAUACUUGCAAGAGCCAGCUGUCCAUGUUCUCCUUGACAUUGUUGAGAAGUUGCCUGCCGAAGCAUUGUUGAAUCAUGUCGCUGAAGCUCAAGAACUUCGUAAUUGGUUUGAGCAAGCUACUUAUGUUGGAAAUCCAGAUGCUUUGCUUUUAGCUCUUAAACUCCGUGAGAAGAUUUCAGUUGACCACCCUGUAUUUGGCAAGCUUCUACCAGUUCCAUUCAGCUCAGCAAAUCUUUUUUCGGCAGAUCAUCUCUCAUCAAUCGCUAAUUGCUUGAAGGAAUCUACAUUCUGCCAGCCUCGAGUUCAUAGCUUAUGGCCUGUUAUUGUUGAUAGGCUAUUACCAGAAACAGUUCACACCGAAGAUGCCACAUCCAUUUCUAAACCGUCUAAAAAAGCAAAGCGAACUGGCAAGUCCAGCCCCAUUGAAGAAGAAAUGACGAAGAACAUUCAGAAUUUCUGUGAAAUCAUUAUUGAAGGAACCCUUCUUUCCUCAUCUCAUGAUCGUAAGCACUUGGCAUUUGACAUCCUGCUUCUCCUUCUUCCAAAGCUUCGAGCAAGUUUUGUCCCAUCUGUUUUAUCAUACAAAUUUGUCCAGUGUCUCAUGGAUAUACUUUCUACAAAGGACUCUUGGAUGCAUAAAGUUGCACAAUAUUUUAUCAAGGAGUUGUUGGAUUGGUUGAGAAAUGAUGAUGAUUAUUAUGAUGCUAGAAGAGCCGCUGUAACAAUGGCUUUUCAGAGACACAGCCUUGGAAAAUUCGAUAUUAUUACACGUACAAAAACCAUCAAAGAUUUAACUUCAGAGUUUGAAACCGAGGAUGGUUGCAGAUUUUUUCUUCAGAACUUGAUGGACUUGUUUGUGGACGAAAAACAUGUUCCAGAGGAACCCUCAGACAUGGAAUGGGCACUAGAACCUUGCUCCUUAAAUUCAGAUCAGAGUCAAACAACAGAUGACAACUCAGAGAUUGAUUCAAAAGAGGAGGAAUCUGUUGGAACAGCGGAAAAUUCGGAUCUUCUGAAAAGCUGGGUGAUACAAUCUCUCCUCCGCAUUUUAAAGGAUGCUGAUAUGGGUCCUAUAUCAACAUACAGAUUGAAACAGCAUAUUCUGAAAUUUCUAGUUGUUCAAGGUCUAUUUCGGGCUUCACUUGGCACUGAAGUUACAUCAUUUGAGUUGCAGGAGAAAUUCAAAUGGCCCAAAACAGCUACUUCUACUGCACUUUGCAAAAUGUGUAUUGAGCAGCUGCAACUGUUACUCUCACAUUCUCAAAAGUCUGUGGAUUCUCUGCCUAAAGAUAUCGUCCGCGAGCUUGAUGGUUUGGCUUCGUAUUUCAUGAAAUUCCUUAGCACUUUGCAGAAUAUUCCCUCUAUUUCUCUCUUCUGCUCCUUGAAUGAAGCAGAUGAGAAGGCCGUCAGAGACUUGCAAGAAACAGAACGCAAAUUGUCGAGAGAGGAAAGAUAUUAUGGAUUAUUUGAUGAUGCAAGGAAGUCACAUGCAAUGAAGCUCUUAGCCGUUCAGUUACUGCUUCAAGUACUCCUCCAUCCAGGAGAAUUCUCAGAAGCUGCAUAUGAACUUGCAAUAUGCUGUGACAAAGCUUUCGAUGAUCUUCUUAAGGGUUUUGGAGAGGGUGAGGCUGAUGAUGAAGCACCAGAGGUAAUUGAUGUCCUUGUGGACACGUUACUUACAUUGUUGCCACAGACUUCAGCUCCAAUGCGAUCUGCCAUUGAGGAGGUUUUCAAAUGCUUUUGUCAUGAUGUGACUAACAAUGGACUGCUGAGAAUGUUACGAGUAAUCAAGAAAGAUCUAAAACCAGCUAGACAUCAAGACCCGGAAUCCGAUCUUGAUGAUGAUGAUGGCGAAGAUUGUCUGGCUAUUGAAGAGGAAGAGAAUGAGGAUAUCGAUGAGGCUGAAACAGGUGAGACGGGUGAGAGUGAUGAGCAGAUGGAUGAUUCUGAAGCAGUAAUUGGCAUCCAAAAUGCUGACAAAGGAUUCAAUGAAAAUUCGGAUGACUCUGAGUCUGAUGAAGGGAUGGAUGAUGAUGCGAUGUUCCGCAUGGACACUUAUCUGGCUCAGAUAUUCAGGGAGAAAAAGAAUCAGGCUGGCGGUGAAACUGCUCAGUCGCAGCUUGUUCUCUUUAAACUCCGCGUCCUCUCACUACUCGAAAUUUACCUCCAUGAAAAUCCGGGUCAUCCUCAAGUUCUGACAGUUUACUCAAACUUAGCUCAGGCUCUUGUCAACCCGAACACUUCAGAAAGCAGCGAGCAACUCGUGCAGCGUAUAUGGAGCAUUGUCCAGAAGAGAAUAUUAAAAGCAAAAGAAUUUCCCAAGGAUGAAUCCAUCCAGUUAUCCACUCUUGUUUCUUUGUUGGAGAAGAAUCUGAAGCUGGCUGCUAAACCGUUCAAGAGAAAAAAGUUCGGUACUAACCCGCCAAAGAAGAAGCAGUCAGCUGCUUGGAACCGGUACAAGAUGGUCUCUAACCUCGCCCAGAACUCAACUUACUGGAUUCUAAAGAUAAUCGAUGCAAGAAAAUUCUCAGAAAGUGAGCUUCAGGAGAUUCUGGAUGUCUUUCAGAGUGCACUUGUUGGGUACUUUGAUACCAAGAAAUCUCACAUCAAGGUAGAAUUUCUGGAGGAAGUUUUUAGGAGGCGGCCAUGGAUUGGACACCGUCUUUUUGGAUUCCUACUGGACAAAUGCCAAAAUGCAAAGAUGGAAUUCCGCAGGAUUGAAGCGCUUGAUCUGGUCGCUGAAACAAUGAGGUCACUGGCUCCAUUAAAAUCACGAGAUGAACAACAAACAAACGAAGAAGCAUCGAGCAAAGCAAUGAAAACCCAUCUGCAGAAAUUGAGUCAGUUGAUGAAAGUGCUUGUGUUAAAGAUGCCAGAGAAGCAAGCGAGGAGAUCUCUGGUGCGUAAAUGCUGCCACAGAAUCUUUCAGACGGUAUCGAAGUUGAAGCUCACAAAGUCAUUCCUCAAGAAAUUGGGGCCGGAUGGUCAGUCAGCCUGUGAAUCAUCCAUCAGUGACCUGUUCCUGGAGUUCAAGAACGCUUGAGAGGAGUAAAGCCAAGAAGACAUGUCAAAAAGGUAAGGACUUUACCAUCGAUCUUGCAUUGUUAACAAUGGCUGCUCUGAAAGACAGGAUCUUGUGGCAAAUUUCUCUGUUUUCCUUCUCCUGUCCCGUCCCAUUUCCGGUGAAGAACUAACUAUAUAUAGGUGAAGUUUCCACAUUUGGUAAGGAGAGAAAUUUCCUUCUCACCUGAUCACCUCGAACCAUAUUAUGCAUAUAAUUGUUAAAAUACGCCUGAGUGCUGAGUUUGCUUUUGAA